UCUUUUAUACAGUGGGUGGAUUUCCAAGACCUUUUAUGGAUAUAAGUGCUGAAAACUUUGCAAAAUUCUUUGAUGAAGCAUUUGGAUACAAAUUGGAGCCUCCAUUUGAUCCCUAUAGAGACAGCUUGAGCUACAUGCUAUCCUGCUAUGUUCUCCCAUAUGUUGGAUUGAAUGGCUACGUUGGUGCAAAUCCCUUCAUCAACGGCUACAAAUCUAAACGAGUAUUGGCAGGACUGUUGGGGCCUGAAGCAGGGCAAGAUGCAGUUUGCCGUACCUAUUUGUACGAGAGAGCUGCUGAAAUAGUAUUCCCUUAUCCAUACACCGUAGCUGAAUUUACUGCUCGCAUUUCAGAGCUAAGAAAUCGAUUAGGCAUGUGUGGAAUCAAAGAUGAAGGCCUUUUUGUUCCCCCUCGACUUGGAGCCGAAAACCGUACAACAAGCAAUAUACUCUCCACAGAUUAUUUUUCUCUCUCUUAUCCAAGAACUCCUGCUGAGAUUCUAAGGAUUGUCUACGACACUGGCAAUGAGCAUGUUCCUGGAGGCUUCUUCCCCGCAGGUGCUAAUGGAAAGAUAGCAAGAGACUUCUUGAAACAACCAUGGAAUAAAGAAAAAACACAUUAAAUCCUAUAUAUCAUGGAAAUGGAUUCUGUGGAGCUAAUAUAAAUAAAUGUCUUAAUUCAUGUUAGACUGAUCAUAUUAGUUAAUUGCAUAUUUUCGUGAUAUAAAAAUAAAGUAUCAAUUCACCUAUCAAUAUUAAUGUAUAGAAGUUAAAGAAAAAAUAAAAGUAUGUAGUUAUAUAA